AUGGUCGAUUUAAAACCAAAUCAAAUGGUAUAUGCAUACCAUGGGCCACUCAUAUAUGAGGCUAAAAUCUUGAAAACGAAGAGUGCAAAGGAUUCCUUCGUAUUGAAUUCUGAUCUACAACAAGAGUCAUUAGAACUGAAUCACAAAUUCAAUGCUAAAAAGUGGGAUAAUGUUACUUGCUACUUUUUACAUUAUCAAGGAUGGAACCUGAAAUGGGAUGAAUGGGUAGGUAUCGAUAGAAUAUUGGAAAUCAACGAUGAAAACAAGUUCAAGAAGCAAGAGUUGGAACAAUUGACGAAGAGGAAACGAGUUAAAAGAGAAUCCUCGGUUGGAGCAACGGAUUCGUCAAGCAAAAAUGCACAUGGAAAUAAGAAGUCAAAAAGUAAUAGUGCUGGUUCCUCGUCUACAAACAACUCAAGUUCCCAAUCCAAAGCAGCAAAGAAGGCAAUUACUGUGAAUCUUUCGUUCCCUCCCGCGUUGAAAUACUUGCUAGUUAACGAUUGGCAAUAUAUUACCAAGGAUAAAAAAUUAGUAGAUUUACCGAGCCAACAUAGCGUAUCGGAUAUUCUACAAGACUACAAAAUAUGGAGAUCAAAAAACCUUCAAGCUCAUCAAGUAUCAAUCUUGAUUGAAAUAUUACAAGGUUUAGAAGUUUACUUUGACAAAUCAUUAAGUUUACUAUUAUUGUACAAGUAUGAAAAUUUACAAUAUUUGGAUUUGUUGAAAAACAACACUAUAACACAGGACCAGAGUCAAGUUCACGUUUAUGGAUUAGAACAUUUACUACGGCUAUUAGUAUCAUUACCGGGGCUUAUCAGCCAAACGACGAUGGACGCAUUGAGUAUAAAUGUGUUGAUUCUGGAAGUGGAAGAGUUGUUAAAGUUUUUGAAAAAUAGAAUAGAUGCCUAUCAAAAUGAGUAUGUGUACACAAGUCCGCAGUAUGAUAGUUUAGCCAGGUCUUAA